AUGAAUCCAAAAAUUUCAGAUUUUGGAAUGGCUAGAAUUUGUAGCCAACAAGACUCUAUAUCAAAUACGAACAGGGUUGUUGGAACAUAUGGUUAUAUGUCUCCGGAAUACGCCAUGGAAGGAGUGUUUUCUACAAAGUCUGAUGUAUAUAGCUUUGGAGUGUUGUUGCUUGAAAUAGUAUGGGAAUUAUGGAAAGAAGAAAAGUGUUUUGAAUCAGUGGAUCCAUCAUUAGAGGAGGUAUUUGAUUAUGAUGAAGUGCAGAGGUGUAUUCGUGUUGGUCUCAUAUGUGUUGAACAUUAUGCAAAUGAUAGACCUACAAUGUCUGAAGUUAUAUCAAUGUUGACAAAUAAGAGUGAAAAAGUGUCUUCACCUAAAAGACCAGCAUUCUAUGUUCAAAGAGAGAUGUUUAACAAGAAUUUGUCGUCUACAGAGUUGUGUACUACUUCUACGAUGGAAAUUACCACUUCGUCGGAAAUAGGAUGA